AGGACAUACGGAAACCACGAACAUGGGAAAUUCUACCAUUUCUUGGAAACCAUCAUGAACAUCUGAUGAUCCUGCUCAGUGAGGACUAUUAGAGUUUCUCGUCUGGUUUCUAUAUAUAUAAAUAUAAUUAUUAUGUAUAGUGACAGCGCAGAACAUCAGGAAGGGACAAAGAUCUUCAGGCCCAAAACAUUCCAUGAAUAUAAAUGUCCUGUAUCUGUAUAUAACCUCCUCCCCUCCUGUCACCUGCGGUAUCCCCGGCGCUGUACACUCCACUGCCACAAGAUGGCGUCCUACCCCGCACACAACGGAAAAACGGGGAGCACAUACACGGCGUACGGACCACUUCCGGCGGCUUCACCUGACUUCCGGGAGCAGCAAGAUGGCGGCGGUCGUGCUCUUCCCUGUGUCUGUAGAGAAGCCGAUCACGUCCUGCACGGGAUAUGGGGACUGUAAAUAUACGAAACUUUAUUAGAAGGAGACAAAGACGGACAAAGGACAAUAGUGCGAGCAGAGAGCUACAUGUUCGUCGUGGUACUGUGAGCCGCCUGCGUGGCCUAAACGUGGUCUCAAAUCCUGCAGGGUCUCCGGACUUGUCUCCCAUCCGAGACGUCAUCUGUCGGUGAUUGCAGUGGAUCCUGAUGAUUUUCGUGUUCAGGGACAUUCAGCGUGGCAGAACAUUCCUCAGAAGACCAGUAAUAACCUCACUGAGCAUGCCAAGGACUCACCCUGUGGAUCCCGGAUUCUAGUAUCCCCUCGAUAUGUGAUGUCCUCAGAAGAUGUCUCGGGAAAGAAAACUCUUCCGUCAAGACUCCUCCCCGGGACCAGCAGUUUCCUCGGACUCCAGCAGCUUAUCCUCUCCGGAAGGUUAUGCUAAAUCAGGACCAAGAGGGGGUCACAGGACUAAGAACCAGGGUUGUUUCCCCUUCAGCCUCCUGCCUGUUGACUGUCAGCUCCAUGUCUUCUCGUUCCUCUCUGAGGUAGAGAAGUGCACAGCCGCCUUGGUCUGUUCAGACUGGAGCAAACUCAUGCGUACACCUCGACUCUGGAGGGUGGCAGACUUCAUGAGGCUUGGGGCUGUCCUCUCUGGCAUGGAUGGGGUGCUGGUGUCGGUGAGAGAGUUUGAGCGGUGGAAGGAGUGGGUGCACCAGUACGCGUACCAUUUGACGUCCCGUGGAGCCAGCUUGUUGGUCCUUCGUGCUAGUUUUGAUUUAGGUGACCAGAGAACCAAGUGGGCCGAAUUCCUCCUUCAGUUUCUGGAUAGCGUUUACUGUGGAGACCUUCAGGAGCUGGAGCUGAAUUGGACAUUGACGCAUCUGGAGCCUCUCGAUAUUUAUCCUCCGGGCAGCAUGGCGCAAAUAUGUCUGGCCAAGACGGAUCAGUUCAACAGCUUUCAGACUCUCUUUGAGCGCCUCACCAGAACAUCCCCCAGACUGAGCCGCAUGAAGCUGCCCUUCGACUGGUCAGAACAUUCCGUCUCGCUGCUCACGCUCUUCCAAAAUCUCAGAACGUUAGAGCUCAACUACUUUUGGGUCUUUAAGAGCGUUCAACCGGAAACCAUGAAACAACUCACAAGGUCGUUGCCGAAGCUAAAGACGCUGAUCCUUCAAGUGCUGGUUCCUGUGAAGGACUUGGGAGUCUCCUACCCUAUCGAGUCAAAGUCUCUGGAGUUUUUAGACGUGUCUCAGAGUCGUGGACUGGUGUUUAGUCACGUGGAUUUACCCUCCCUCAGAGAAUUAAAGGUUAAGAAAACCAUCAGGGGCAUCAUCUUGAAUCGCAGAACCCGUGUUGCCCUUCAGAACCGGUGGUCGUGUUUAUAUGACUUGCUUAAGGUGGGCGCACCCAAACUUCAACGAUUUAACUCCCACACGUUGCUUCCAACCUGGAAGACUCAGACUUACCUGGAGCUCAGCGAGGUCCUCCUCCAGUCUUGUUAUUGCAUCCAACACACGGACACGUGGCUGCUCUGAGUCGGCCAUUAACCAGCAUUCACCAAGUCAUCAUACAUCUCAGGAAACCUAAGACUGACUUCGUUGACAAAGCUCACAUAGUCUUGGAGAAAAGCUUUGAAAGAACCGAGAUCUUCAUUGGAUCCUAAGUCCUUCAUGACUUAAAGGGGUACUCCACCCCUGGCAUCUUAUCCCCUAUCCAAAGGAUAGGGGAUAAGAUGUUAGAUCACCACGGUCCCACUGCUGGGGACCCCGGGGAUCCCUGCUGCGGCAC